GGCAGGUGCAGCAGCCCAGGAGAGAGGCCUGGGGGGAGAGGCAGAGGGAUCAGGCAUAGGCAGGUUGCAGGACAGUAGGAGUCAAUAAAUAGGAAACUUUUAAAAGACUGGAGGAAAAAUCCCUGGAAGGAAAAUUCCUGUUCGAUGGAGGGUGCAGCCCAGCAGGACUCGUGGGAAGAUCGAGCAGCUUGUAUUGAUUUUAGCUGCUUGCUUAGUCACUCACAGUAUAAAGAAGAGAAACUUAUUUGAGUCCUUGGCCUCAAAUCAUUCUGUCUAUUUUGGGGAAAAAAAUAGCUUUAUGUUUGCAUGAAAAGGUAACAGCGUCAGAUACUGGGCAGGAGUUAAAAUCGGGGACAGGGAAUGGCUCUGCUCAGCUUGGCAGAAUUGGCUGACCUCUCCAUAGGGACACCAGAGGUUGGGGCAGUUAAUUUUAAUGCCCUCCACACUUUGCUCCAUGCCAUCAUUAAACAACUCAACCUCCAGGAUGUCAUAGCGGAGAUGCGUGAAGAGAAACCUAAGCUCCAGGAAGCCAUGCCAAAGAAAGAGAUGAAGGACCAUGAGGCAGAUGACUCAGUCUAUGCUGACUUAGAGAAGAAGGUCAUUGGGGUGGAGGCUCAGGUGGCUGGGAUGGCGGCUCAUGUGAAUGGUGUGGAGGCUCAGAUGAAUGAGGUGAAAUCAGAGGUCCAUGAGAUAGGGGAACAGGUUCAAGGGCUUGAGAAGCAAAUGGCUGCCCUGGAAAAACUGCCUUCUGGGACAGACUUGCUGGAGAGGACCAAAAGUGGCUCUCCAAAUGGAUCUGCUGUGGCUGACAUGUGGCAAAUGAUGCAGAUGAAGAAAAAGAUAGAAGCUAAUGAGAACGGCAUCUCCAAGGCCAUGGCUUUGUUCCAGGAUCUGCUGAAUGAAGUCAGCGGCAUGAAGGCAGCUCAUUUGCAGUCAACCGAGGGCUUCCAAAAGAUGAAGGAGAAACUCGACUUGAAUUUACCACUUGACGCCCAAGAGACUGGCAAUCUGCUGCAGACCUGCAUCACUGAUCAGAAGAACUUGGAGAGUGAUGUGAGGAACCUGCAGCAAAGGCUAAACCUCUAUCCCAGCCCCGAGGAACUGAACAACAUGGUGCCCUGGGAUGUUCUGGAGAACUGCCUUGUUACAGGCAAAGACAAGAGCCCACCCGCUGAAGGCCAGUCUGUGGAACCCGGCCACAGCCAGCCCUCUGCAACCAAGCAGCCAGCUUCAGCUAUGGAUGCCCAAGCUACAAAACCCUCUGCAGCCUGGGCAGGGGCACCAGGGAGCCAGCCUGGCACUCCAGGGACCAGGGCAGGAGUGCCAGCAGCCCAGCCAGCAGACCGGCCACCAGGCUACCCCGCGGCCCAGCCGGGGGCCCAGGCAGGCUCCCCCGCAGCCCAGCCGGGGGCCCAGCCAGGCUACCCCGCGGCCCAGCCGGGGGCCCAGUCAGGCUACCCCGCAGCCCAGGCAGGUGCUCCAGGGACCCAGGUGGGGCCUCCUGGAGCCUGGCCUGGUGCACAGGGGACUCAGGCCGGUUACACUGGGCCCCAAGCUGGCACUUCAGCAUUCCCGCCUACAUCACCUGCAGCUGGUCCCCCAGCUCUAGCAGCCCAGCGUGCAGCUCCACUCGGGCCUCACUCUGCCGUUACAUCGCCGGUGUCACCUUUCCAAGAGAAAGACAAAGUCCUACCCUCAUCCAUUCCGCAAAGAUCCUCCGGGUCCAGCAGCGCCUCCAGCCGCUACUCUGAUACCGUGGAAGCGCUGCGCCAGAUAGGGCACCUGGCCGACCUCUAUACCAGCUUGCAGGAGCAGAUAAACCACCUGGGACAAAUCAAGUGCAGCCACGCUGACCUCGAGAAGCUGCGACAGUUCCUCUCAGAGGCAGUCCCGAAGAACCUCUCCAGCAUGCCUGCCGACCUCCCAGACCAGCUGUCUGCCCUAAAGGCACUGGCAGAAGACAUGAAGGAAGUGAAGACUAAGGUAAGGAAGCUGCACAGCACCCUGGAAGGAGAAGUGGCAACAAAAGCAGAUCAGAAAGUGGAGGGAUCCAAUCAGAUUAACCUGCAGUUAGGUUACCUCAGAUCGACCGUGCACGACAUAGAGAAAGAUCUGCGGGAGCUGCGGGAGCAGCAGGACCGUGGCAAAGCCAAGCUGGAGCAGUCGGUGGCUGACACAGCCCUUUACCUGCAGGAACAGUUAGACAAGCUUAGAUCCAUCAUAGAGAACAUGAUGGCCUCCUCCUCCACCUUGCUUUCCAUGAGCAUGCCUGCUACCCCGGAGCCGGGGCAGGCAGUGUCUCCCCAUGGCACAUGCCCGGCUUGCAGCCUAGAUGUCAGCGAGCAGGUUAGCCAGCUGUUCAAACGCUACGAAGAGCUGCAGGAUUUAGUUAGCAGCUUCACGGCGAGGCACGCGGAAAGCAAGCCAGCAAAGAGGCCGCAUAUGAGGAGUCAGGAUGAAGAGCUGCUGAGUCGCAUCCAAAACACCAUCCUCCAGGUGCAAGGAGACUGCGAGAAUCUCAACGCCACCACUGGGAACCUCAUAGAAGACCAUCGGCAGAAGCAGAAGGAUAUUUCUCUUCUCUUCCAGUCCCUGGAGAAGUUGGAGAAAGAGAAAGCAGACAAGGAGCAUCUGGAGACAGAAAUUGACGAGAAAGCAGACAAGAUCGCCCUGGCUGGCAAAGUCAGCCACACCCAGUUCGAUGCCACCACGGAGCGGUUGAAUAAGAUGAUGCAGGAUCUGCUGAACAAGAUGAGUGGGCAGGAGCAGGACUGGCACAAAGUGCUCGAUAAAAUCUCGGUGGAGAUGGACUCCAAGCUGGACCGCCUGGAAUUAGAUCCCUUCAGACAGCAGCUGGAGGAGCGCUGGAAGGCCAUCCGGAAACAGCUGAAGGAGAGGUCUCCGCAGUACGAGGCAGAUGAUGCUGCUGGAAUUAGGAAAAGGCUGAUGGCUCAUUUCCACUGCAUUUCCUGUGACAGACCUCUGGAAAUGGUGGUGCCUGGCCCAACCAUCAUGACAAUCCCAUCCGUGCCGGGGUUACCGUCGCAUCGCUCCAUCCGGCCCUACACCGUCUACGAACUGGAGCAAAUCAGGCAGCACACCCGCAAUCUGAAGUUAGGGCCUAGCCCUUACCCUCGCCUGGAUAUGCUCUCGCCUGGAUAUGCUCCCGCGGGCCUUGGCAAGCUACGCAGCAUCCACUCCAAGAUGCUCAUGGACAUAGAGAAGGUGCAGAUCCACUUUGGGGGCUCGGCGAAGGCCAGCAGUCAGAUGAUCAGGGAGAUAAUGCAGUCGCAGUGUCUCAGCCCAGGCCACUAUAACAAACGUGACAAGAUGACGGAAAUGGCAGAGUACGGCUACCUGUCCAUGCCUCGGCGCUGCGGUGGCAGCCACACCCUCCGGCGCUACACCCGGCUGCAGCAAAUCGCCCAGUGUAUGCCUGUGCAUCCUGAGGAAACUACCAUGCUGACAGUGAUGAAGCACGAAGAGGUGGAUAUCCUGGGCCUGGAUGGACACAUCUACAAAGGGCGGAUGGACACGAGGCUCCCAUCAAUUGCAUGCAAGGAGGGUCCUUUGAAAACCAAACCCAAGCUCUCCCGCUGUUCCUCACAACGCCCGUCGAUAGACACAGCCAGCCUCCCCGCUCGCCCGCACAGCGCCAAACUGUCCCCCUGCAAUUCAGGUACAGCGAGGUCGCUAAAGGACAGGCCUGUGUCAUCAGAGAGCCGACUGUCCCGGACAGACCUGGCCCCUCUAUCCACCUCGACACCUCCCCCCGAGGAGACAAGUGAGGAUUCUCCCACACUGGAGAAAGAAACCCUAGAGCUUCAUCUGGACCUCUCCAUGCACCGGCAAUCAACUGAGCAGCCAGCUCCAUUACAGUGACUGCGAUGGCAGGAAAGCCGCGCUCGCUGACAGAAGCCAGGCAAUAAAGAGUGAGCAGAACUGAGGGGAGACUGUGUGUGUCACAGAGAUUGAAACAGGGAGUUUUUCCUGGGGUGCCAGGACCUAGGGCUGUUCCAUGCAGCAGCACGUUCAGUCUUGAAAACAAUUGGUCCCUGGCCCUUGCAAACCUUCCCCUGGCUGCUGCUGGCCUUGCUUGAGUAGAUUUUGCACAUACCCGAUCUUCUGGGUAAGCCAGUUUGACACCAGCUCAUUUCAAGCCCCUGGGAUCCCUCCCCUCUGCCCUGGCAGUGCCCUUGGAAUCGCAGAGCCCGACACACCUCGUGUGCUCUGAAACUGGACAAUGGGGACUUGUCGGGGUGACAGUCACCAGCGCACAAUGCAGUCCCCUGGCUGUGGCCCAUUCUCCCGCUCUGUGGAGAGCUGUGGCCACUUGGAAUGCUGCCUGCUGGGAUCUGCAGUCUUCAUAAGCUGCUCGGGGGGCUCCCGUCUGCUCCAUUCCGUGCACCUUGCCAGUGGCCCCCUGGGAGUCCCCUAGUUAAUGAGGAGAGCUGCCCUGCUCUGGACAAAGCCUGAGCUCCGUGAACAGUGAGGACUGGCCCCUCUAGACAUGGAAGCAGGCUCUGUGGAGCAGGAAGGGAAGGGAUUGUCACCAGUGUAGCUGCCUCUUCCCCUUAAUGCAGCGCUCAGUCCAGCCUGGGCUUCCUGCAGCUCAGAACGGAGAGCCUUAAUGAGAGUGGUCAUUGUGAUGGGGUGACUCACAGAAGUCCCCUCCGGGUUGUUCUCUGGUGUGCUGACACCCGCCUUCCAGCUCUCUGGGGUUCCCCUUCCCUCUGUCCUGCUGGGCCAGAUCCUCUGGUCUCCCCCAGCCAAAGCACAGAGUUGGGGUUACUGUCCCUCUGCACGGCAACACAGCACCUGAACUAGUUCAGCUCCAAGAGGGCUCAGCACCCAGGAAACCAACCCCCAAAUGGGACCAAUGCCCCAGGUACAUCCGUUUUAUUCUGUCGCGCACACAGUGAAAGCUUAAAAGGUGUCUGCCCCCUUUAUCAAUGAAAGAGAGAAAUGAAUAGUUGCUCCCCCACCAGGUGACAAGCAUUUACACUGGGCUUGCUAAUAAACAGAAGUGGUUUUAUAAAUACAAAAA